GCGAUGGAAAAUAAUUUCUCAUAGUUAUCUAUCGGCCAACGCUUUUUGGAUGAUUAUCCCCCCUAUCAAUGCCGCAAUCAUACAACUAACAGACCACAUCCAUUAUGAACACUGAGCUCCAUCAGGUCUCGAAUGUCUGGGACCGUAUCCGUGUUAACAGCCCAAUAUACGCGUUCCUUCUCGACGACGUUGAAAUCUAUAGCGCGCAAAAGGGGAAAGUUAAUGCUCGCCUUCGUGUUGCUCCUCAUCAUCUGAAUUCCAAAAACACACUGCACGGUGCCUUUUCCGCAUGUGUCACUGAUUGGGCUGGUGGGCUUGCUAUCGCGUCCUGUGGCCAUGACUCUACAGGCGUGAGCACCGAUAUCCAUGUCAAUUACGUGUCAACGGCCACGACAGGGGAUUGGCUUGAGAUUGAAGGCUGUGCAGAUAAGGUUGGGAAGACGCUUGCUUUCACGACAGUAAUUAUUUCCAAAAAAUCAGAGGCGGGGAAGAUGACUAUCGUUGCCAAAGGUUCACACACGAAAUACCUCAGAACCACUUGAGGAUAGCUCUCUUGAUAUCCAUGACUCGCCGACAGCGUCUUGCGCGCUGCAGAAACAUCAUAGAAUAGCUCGAUGGCUAUUCGUCAAGUACUUAUACAAGCCCGCCAUCUUCUUUGCAUCUGGCAUGAUUACAUGUUCUUUGAAUGCUGGAUUCACUCGGAUAGCGGAGAUUAUAAACCCAUUCUCGAUAGCUUUAGAUACCUCACCAUCUCAUCAAGAUGUGAGGCAAUAAAGAAUGGGUACAUAAACCGUCUAGUCCGUUGUUAAGCUAUAGGAUUCUAAUUAUUUCCACCUCCUGGUCGCAUCCAAAUGAAACUCACAAGUAUGGAUCUGACACCUACG